GGGCGGGCCGGGCCGAGGGAGGAAGUGUGGGGCCGUCGCAGGGGCUCCCGGGGCCGCCGCCGCGAGUCCUCCGUGGGGUCGGGCCAUGGAGCCGCCGCUCUACCCGGUGGCGGGGGCCGCAGGGCCGCAGGGCGACGAGGACCGGCCGGGGGUCCCCGACGGACCCGAGGCCCCGCUGGACGAGCUGGUGGGCGCCUACCCCAACUACAACGAGGAGGAGGAGGAGCGCCGCUACUACCGCCGCAAGCGCCUCGGCGUGCUCAAGAACGUGCUGGCGGCCAGCGCGGGCGGCACGCUCACCUACGGCGUCUACCUGGGCCUCCUGCAGAUGCAGCUGAUCCUGCACUACGAUGAGACCUACCGCGAGGUGAAGUACGGAGACAUGGGGCUGCCCGACAUCGACAGCAAGAUGCUGAUGGGCAUCAACGUGACGCCCAUUGCGGCCCUGCUCUACACCCCUGUGCUCAUCAGGUUUUUUGGCACCAAGUGGAUGAUGUUCCUGGCCGUGGGCAUCUAUGCCCUCUUUGUCUCCACCAACUACUGGGAGCGCUACUACACGCUUGUGCCCUCAGCAGUGGCCCUGGGCAUGGCCAUUGUGCCUCUUUGGGCCUCCAUGGGCAACUACAUCACCAGGAUGGCGCAGAAGUACUACGAGUACUCCCACUACAAGGAGCAGGAGGAGCAGGGGCCUCAGCAGCGUCCACCACGGGGCUCCCAUGCGCCCUAUCUCCUGGUCUUCCAAGCCAUCUUCUAUAGCUUCUUCCAUCUAAGCUUCGCCUGCGCCCAGCUGCCCAUGAUUUAUUUCCUGAACCACUACCUGUACGACCUGAACCACACAUUGUACAACGUGCAGAGCUGCGGCACUAACAGCCAUGGCAUCCUCACCGGCUUCAACAAGACGGUUCUGCGGACACUGCCGCGGAGCCGAAACCUCAUCGUGGUGGAGAGUGUGCUCAUGGCGGUGGCCUUUCUGGCCAUGCUGCUGGUGCUGGGCUUGUGCGGUGCCGCUUACCGGCCCACGGAGGAGAUCGACCUGCGCAGCGUGGGCUGGGGCAACAUCUUCCAGCUGCCCUUCAAGCAUGUGCGUGACUUCCGCCUGCGCCACCUCGUGCCCUUCUUUAUUUACAGCGGCUUUGAGGUGCUUUUUGCCUGCACUGGCAUCGCCCUGGGCUAUGGCGUGUGCUCCGUGGGGCUGGAACGGCUGGCCUAUCUCCUCGUGGCUUACAGCCUGGGUGCCUCAGCUGCCUCAGUCCUGGGCCUUCUGGGGCUGUGGCUGCCACGGCCUGUGCCCCUGGUGGCUGGGGCGGGGCUGCACCUGCUGCUCACCCUCAGCCUCUUUUUCUGGGCCCCUGUGCCUCGGGUCCUGCAACACAGCUGGAUCCUAUACAUGGCAGCCGCCCUCUGGGGUGUGGGCAGUGCCCUCAACAAGACUGGACUCAGCACACUUUUGGGAAUCCUGUAUGAGGACAAGGAGAGGCAGGACUUCAUCUUCACCAUCUACCACUGGUGGCAGGCCGUGGCCAUCUUCAUCGUGUACCUGGGCUCCAGCCUGCCCAUGAAGGUGAGGCUGGAUGGGGCUGGGGGGGUCCCAGGCCCCGCCCCCAGGAAGCAGAUACUUUCUGAGGACCCGCCCUGGCUUCACAGCCUCCUUAAGAGUACCCCGUCCCAAAGGCCAGGCCCUUGGCCAAGGAUCUAUUCCCCCAGUCCACUGGGUGGCCCCCAACCCAGCACCCCACUUACUGCCUCACUUCCUGCCAGCCUCGUUUACCCAUCUCUGAAGGGGUUCACAGUUUGCCCUUUCUCUGUGGGUGCAUCCCACCUGCCCUGGUCACCAGCUGUUGGGCUGGCACUGGAUGCCCAGGGUCUGUGUCGCUCCAUGGCCUGCAGGGGAGUGGGCUCCUUGUGCUCUGCUCCCCAACAGUGGUGGGUCAGUUUGGCAGGUCCCGACCAGCAUUUUUAAAAAAUGAAAUAUUAUAGAAAAUAGGGCAUAUGCAUGAAAGUAUGCAUGUACUGAGUUAUGAUGUACAAUUUCUGACUGUGGGUUACAGUCAAAAAUGUCUAAAAAGCAUUGCUAUGGUCCACUGGCGUUUAAGGGACACAGAGUCAUCUAACGGCUGCACAGGAGGGCCAGGCCCGGACCGCACUUUAUCAACAUCUGCACAUCUUCCCUGUGAAGCAAGGGGAUUAUCACUGUCCCCUCUUACAGAGAGUGAAACUGAGGUCCCUGGGGUGACUGCCAGGGACAGUGCUGGGAUUUGAGCCUUGCCUGCAGGAGGGUCCCAUGAGGCGUGGGUGGAGGGAGUGGGGGAGUCG